UUGGCCAUUCAGCUCUUUAUUAACCCAAUCACAGUGACACAUCUUCACACCGUGUAAAGGAAUAUUCUGAAACACCCUGCCUCUAGAGCAGCCUUGAGGAAGACUGGCGGUAUCCUGCAGUACUUCACACCAUGGCUGAAGGAAUGAUAGUCUUACUCCUUGGCAUUCCAUUCUUCCUCAUGUGAGAUAGAUACAGUGCUGUGAAUACCUGUAACCCCAGCCACUCAGGAGGCUGCACUUGCUUUCCUUGUGCUGACAUUUGUGGCUGAUAAGGAUUCCUGCCCAGAUCUUGGUCCCUGUUGACUCUCUUGCUGAUCCUGCAUCACCACUUAGUACCUCUGAUUUUCAAACAACAUUAAUAUUUUCAUUCAGCAAAUAACUGAUCGUCUUGUCUUGACCUUUUUCCAGGCACUGUGAUAGACAGGAAAUGGUGUACUGAGGGAAGUGAAAGUGGAAUUACAGAAUGAGCUUGUCCUGCCUGGUCUGUGACUUGAUGAGGUGGCAAUGAGCCACUUAGCUUGCUAGACACAUGGAGAAGCCAAAAUCAUGUCUACAAACUAGUAUUUUGCAGUGAGAGAAUGGGAAAUGGGGUCGGUACUUCCAAAUGUUGAAAGAUAUCCUAGCUUAUGGAGCUUUGGGAAUCAUUAGUGGCUGGUACAGACCUUCGAGACUCUUAGGUAAUUAAAAAUAUGUUAAUUGAAGUCCAAUAGGAACUGUGGGUCAUGCUGAUUUUUGGUUUUUCAAAACAGGGUUUCUCUGUGGAACAGCCUUAGCUGUCCUGGAACUGGCUCUGUAGACCAGGCUGGCCUCGAACUCAGAGAGAUCCUCCUGCCUCUGCCUCCCGAGUGCUGGGAUUAAAGAAAUCGAUGGUGUUCAGCGACGUGUCCCUGGACUUCUCUCAGGAGGAGUGGGAGUGCCUGGGCCCUGCUCAGAGGGACUUGUACAAAGAUGUGAUGCUGGAGACCUACAACAACCUGCUUUCAGUGGCAGGACUUCACAUCCCCAAGCCUCAGGUGAUCUCUUUAUUGGAGCAAGGCAAAGAGCCCUGGAUGAUUGGCAAAGAGCUUACAAGAGGCCUGUGCUCAGCUCUGGAGUCAAUGUGUGAAAGCAAGUUACUAUCUCUAAAGAAGGAAGUCUAUGAAAUAGAAUCGUGCCAGAGGGAGUUAAUGGGACUUAAGAAGCAUGGCCUUGAGUACUCCAGUUUCAGAAAUGUUCUGGAAUGUGGAAGCCAAUUGCAAUAUCAAAAUGAUCAUUUAAGCCAAGAAGUACUCAGUCGUGAGUACAUGCCCACAUUUGUUCAACAGACUUUUCUUACCCUACAACAAAUUAUUAAUAAUGAUGAGAAGCCCUAUGAAUGUAAGAAAUGUAGGAAGGUCUUUACUCAGAACUCACAGUUUAUUCAACAUCAGAGACUUCAUAUUGGUGAAAAGUCUUACGAAUGUAAAGAGUGUGGGAAAUUCUUCAGUUGUGGUUCACAUGUUACUCGUCAUCUGAAAAUUCACACUGGUGAGAAACCAUUUGAGUGUAAAGACUGUGGGAAGGCCUUCAGUUGUAGCUCAUACCUUUCUCAGCACCAGAGGAUACACACUGGUAAGAAACCUUAUGAGUGUAAGGAAUGUGGAAAAGCCUUUAGCUAUUGUUCAAAUCUUAUCGACCAUCAGCGAAUUCACACUGGUGAAAAACCUUAUGCAUGUAAAGUAUGUGGGAAAGCUUUUACAAAGAGCUCACAACUUUUCCAACACGUGCGAGUUCAUACAGGUGAGAAACCUUAUGAAUGUAAGGAAUGUGGCAAAGCCUUUACUCAGAGCUCAAAGCUUGUUCAGCAUCAGAGAACCCACACUGGGGAGAAACCCUAUGAGUGCAAGGAGUGUGGGAAGGCCUUUAGUAGUGGCUCAGCGCUUACAAACCAUCAGAGAAUCCACACCGGGGAGAAACCUUAUGAGUGUAAGGAGUGUGGGAAGGCCUUCACUCAGAGCUCACAACUUCGACAGCAUCAAAGAAUUCAUGCUGGCGAGAAGCCUUUCGAAUGCCUUGAAUGUGGGAAGGCCUUUACCCAGAACUCACAGCUUUUUCAACAUCAGAGAGUCCACUCAGAUGAAAAACCUUAUGAAUGUAAUAAAUGUGGCAAGGCCUUUAAUAAGUGCUCAAACCUUACCCGCCACCUGAGAAUUCAUAGUGGGGACAAGCCCUAUAGCUGUAAGGAAUGUGGGAAGACCUUCAGUAGUGACUCGGACCUUGCUCGCCACCAGGAAAUUCAUGCUAAUGAAUGAUAAAAAUUCAUAUUUGAGAGUUACUUUCUUGACGUGGUUGAUUAGGUAUUUAUAUUUUCAAUCAUAACUGUAGGUUAGGGAUUUCGAGUCUACAUUUGCUCUCUUCUCCCACCCCAGUGCUAGGUGCCUAAUCGUCCUUUAUUUCUCCAUUGCUGGGCUUUGUCAUACCGUUGUUUAUAUUUUCUUAUAGUUUUAGGACUGUCUUUUAUCAUUUUCUAAACUGUUUUUGUUGUUUGCACUAAUAUCACAGUGUUUUAAUUGUGUAACCUGUAGUCAUUUUAAGUUCCUUGUAGAAUUCCAGUGUUGGUUUGAGGCAUGUCAGUCUUUUUGCGGUAUUUCAUGAGCUUUACUUUUUAUUGUAAGUGGAAAAAAAAUGAGAAAACUAGAAAACCCAAAGCUGAACCAUCGAUUGAACUGCUGUAUUGAUUGUAACUAACUCUGCUGGGCUUCACUUCUAAGGACGGGCAGUCAUAGAUUUGUGUUCUUCCUUCAUCUGCUUUUAUCAUGCUAGAAACAUAAUAAUUGCUUUUCCAGCAAUGCAAAGUAUCUUUUAAAUGACUAUUAUUCAUGUUAUGGUUGCUUCUAAAUUUUUGCAUUUAUAAAAGAAGUCUCCAUUAAUAUGACCACAAACUUAUGUUUGGAUGUUUGAUGUUUUAUUUCUCUGAAAAUCAAAAGCAUUUUUUUAAUGCUAUGUUUAUUCACCAUUAUUAUGCUCUUCCUUUUCAUUAGCCCUAAUCCUAAUGUCAUGCCAGAAAGUGUUUGCAAAGUGUUAUUUUCUCACACAUGGUGAGCAGUUGUUCUUUAUCUUACAUGUGCAGUCAUGCGUAUGCAGUGGUUUGCAGCGAACACUCGAACUCAACUAUAAAGACUGUACAUCUACUCCUAGCAUACAAGUAUUGGCCUAAUGAAAGGUUUCUCUGUUAUCAUUAGCAUAGUGUGUCAUAAUUUUCUUUAUAAUUCCUGGAAGGUGUGUGUGUAGUGCUGGGGAUAGACACCAGGGCCUUAUAUGUGCUAGGCAAGCACUGUAUCACUGAGCUAUGGUCCAGCCCCUCACUCAUGAAUUCUAGGCAAGUGUUUUAUUGUUAGCCCACUUCUCCUAGCUUCUGGAAUGUACUUUUUUGUUUUGUUGAGAUGGGUUUCUCUGUAUAACAAUCCUGGCUGCCCUAGAACUUGCUUUGUAGACAAGGCUGGUCUGAAACUCACUGAAAUCUGCCUGCUUCUACCUCCCAAGUGCUGGGAUUAAAGGUGUGCACCUUUAAUCCUGGCCUUGGGAUGUACUUUAAUCUGCCAUUUACCUUUAUCAAAACUGAAGGAUUUGUGAUAGAAAAAUAAAUAGUUAUAUGAAAUAAAGCCUUUCCUCUACCACUUGUUGAAUUACAAGUGGAAAACAGG